AUGGACAACUUCAAUAAGAAUUUGACAUUGGAAUGUUUUUAUUAUUUAUUGCUCACGUCACCGUAUGAGCAUCAGAAUGAGAAUGGGCAUAGAGAUUAUAACAGUCAGUGUCUGUUCGUGCGUGAAGAAAAUGUUCAUGAUAGCAUGAGAGAAGAAAAGCCUCUAAGAAAUUUGUGGAGCUUCUCGCGGCAAAAAAAGAAAGAGAAAAAAAUUAUUCUGCAUCUUUGUCAACUCACCAAUUAUCACAUUGCGCCAACUCAUUUUCGAUUGAUGUUUGCUGAUGUGGAUGAGAUGAGAUAA